AUGUUGAUGAUUCCCUAUUCGGUGAGCGAUGUGAAGUUAUCUUUCGUGUAUUUUUCCCGUUUUUCUCCUAAAAUUUCGAUUUUUUCAAUUAAAAUGUUUUUCUAGAUGAGUGGGUUUGGAAACUCUUUCGGAAGUGGAGGAUUCGGUGGCGGGGCAUCGAAAGGAUUCGGCGACUUUGGCGCAAAAACUGAGCAAUCGUCAGGAUUCGGCGGAAAACCAAGCGGAUUUGGAGGUCAAGCAAAGUCUGGCUUUGGUGGAGCUCCAGCAUCUGGUGAUCAACAAAAGGGAUUUGGCGAUUCCAACAAAUCGUCGGGUUUUGGAGGAAAUGCUGGAUUUGGAGAUUCGAACAAGCAAAGUAGCGGUUUUGGUGGCAAUAAACCGUCUGGCUUUGGUGGUCAAUCAAACCAAUCUUCCGGAUUCGGUGGUGGCAGCAACUCUGGAUUCGGUGGAGGCGGCUCAGGAUUUGGCGGAGGAGAGAAAUCUGGAGGUAGUGGCAACUCUGGAUUCGGCGGAGGCGGCUCAGGAUUUGGUGGAGGAGCGAAAUCUGGAGGCGGUGGCAACUCUGGAUUUGGAGGAGGUAGUUCCGGUUUUGGUGGAGGCGGAAACUCUGGUUUCGGCGGUGGUGCCAACUCUGGAUUUGGAGGCGAUGGCAGUACCGGAUUCGGAGGAGGCGGAAGCUCUGGCUUCGGCGGAGGAGCAAAUUCUGGAUUUGGCGGUGGCGGCAGUGGUGGUGAUAGAGGUUAGAAAAUGUGUUGAGUUAAUGUUUUAACUAAUUUUUUAUUUUAGCUUGUCACGUAUGCCAAGAAACUGGUCAUAUGGCUCGCGAUUGUCCACAGAAACAACCAAGAAACUGCUUCAAUUGUAAUCAACCUGGUCACAAUUCAAGAGACUGCACCGAAGAAAGAAAACCACAAAGUUGCCACAACUGCAAUCAACCUGGUCACAUGUCAAGAGAUUGCCCCGAAGAAAGAAAACCACGAGAACGACGACAAGAUGGAGGAGGAGGUGGUUCUGGAUUUGGCGGAAAUGGCGGUGGAUCUGGCUUCGGAGGUGGAUCAGGAUUUAGCGGAGGAUCUGGUUUCGGUGGAAGUGGAGGAGAAGGAUUCCGUUCAGGUUCUGGAUUUGGAGGUGGUGGAGCAGAUGGAGGAUUCGGCGGAGAAGGAGGCGAGAAUACACGUGGACCAAUGAAAUGCUUCAAUUGUCAUGGAGUAGGACAUCGGUCAUCCGAUUGCACAGAACCACCAAGUAUGUUUUAGAAAACAUUUUCUUUAUUUUAUUUCAUUUUUACUCGUUUCAGAAGGAUGUUUCAAUUGCGGUCAACAAGGACACAAUUCGAGAGACUGCGCCGAACCACCAAAACCGAGAGAAGAUGGUGAGGAAGGUGUGAAAAGAGCGACUUUCAUCCCUGAAGAAGAUGCAGUUGAAUCUGUUUUCGAUAUGCAGAAAAUCAAGGAAGGACUCAAGUUCGACGAAUUCUUCGAUGCUGAAGUUACAGUUACUUCUGCAUCCAACAGUGUUCCAAUCAAACCAAUGAGGUAAUAAUAUUCAAUUUGCAAUCCAACACUUCCAAUUCUUCUAAUUUUUAGAUCGUUUGAAGAAGGUGGUUUGACUGAGACAUUGUUGAGAAAUGUGAAACAUGCUGGUUACACCAGAACCACUCCAAUUCAACAAUAUUCGAUUCCACUCAUUGGACAAGGAUACGAUAUUUUGGCGUGCGCUCAAACUGGAUCCGGAAAAACCGCCGCUUUCUUGUUGCCGGUUAUGAACACUUUGCUCAAGGAAAACGAUUUGAACACUGCUGGAGAAUGUGGAUGUUUUCCUCGUUGCUUGAUUUUGACACCAACUCGGGAAUUGGCAGAUCAAAUUUACAACGAAGGAAGAAAAUUCGCAUAUCAGACAAUGAUGGAAAUCAAGGCUGUUUAUGGUGGAAUUGCGGUCGGCUACAGCAAAAGUCAAUUGGAAAAGGGUGCCACCGUUAUUGUUGGAACUGUCGGUCGAGUCAAGCACUUCAUUCAAGAAGGAAUUAUCAGUCUCGAAAAGCUGAGAUAUUUCGUGCUUGAUGAGGCUGACAGAAUGAUUGAUGGAAUGGGCUUUGGAGAUGACAUCACACACAUCACUCAAGUCAAUGGAAUGCCAUCAAAGGAGAACCGCCAAACACUCAUGUUCAGUGCAACAUUCCCGGAUUCAAUUCAAUCCGCAGCUCGCGAAUUCAUGAAGCCAGAAUACGCAAUGAUUGCAAUCGACAAAAUCGGAGCAGCCAACAAAUGCGUCACUCAAGAAUUCAUCAAUUGCGAGCGAUCGGAGAAACGCGAAAAGCUGUUGGAAUUGUUGGGUGUCGAUUUGACAAACUACACAUCCGAAAAGGACAAUGACGUUUUCACAAAGAAGACAAUCGUUUUCGUGUCGAGAAGAACAUUUGCGGAUUCUUUGGCUGUCAUUUUGACAUCAUCUGGAAUUCCGACAAUGACAGUGAGUUAUCUUAUUAGUUUUUGAAUUGCAUCUAAUUGAAAUUCGAAUAUUUCAGAUCCACGGUGCUCGCGAUCAACAACAAAGAGCUGAAGCACUUCGCGUAUUCAGAAAUGGCUCGAAGCCAGUUUUGAUUGCAACCGCAGUCGCCGAACGUGGAUUGGAUAUCAAGGGAGUCGAUCACGUCGUCAACUUCGAUAUGCCAGACAACAUCGACGAUUAUAUCCACAGAAUCGGAAGAACUGGUCGUGUUGGAAACGUCGGUCGAUCAACUUCCUUCGUUUCAUCAAAUGACUCAGCACUUUACGGAAGUCUCGUCUCAAUUUUGAAUCAAGCCGGUCAAAUUGUGCCAGAUUGGAUGGAAGGAUCUUCAGGCGCUGCAACUGGUUUCGGAUCAUCUGGAGCAGCCGGAUUCGCAUCUUCCGCCGCCGCCGAGGACGAUUGGUAA